AUGUCUUACAAUCCUCGUCUCCAAGGAGGCCCUGGGGGUGGUCCACAACGUGGUGGACAAGGUGGCCCUGGUGGAGGUAACUCCCGCGCAGGUGGACAGGCAGGAUAUGGUGGUGGCAACAACCGUGGUCACCCAAGAGGGGCCAAUCGACCUCCUCAAAGUGGUAGCCAGCCACCCAGAGGUGAAUACCACGGUGGUGGUGGCGGCCGUGGACUCCUUGACCGUAGUCGUGGCGGUCGAGGCGGCCGCGCUCGUCCCGAGCCUGUCACACGACUACAUGCGGAAUUGCACGAUAAUAAGGAUAUGCGCAGUUAUGAGGAUGAAUGCAUUAAAGUGCAGUCGUCUUGUGAGAAGUCUCGCAUAUUGGAAUGGAAAAAAGACCUCGAUGAUUGGGAAAAGAAAUACGCACAUAAAGCAAAGCUUACGAAAGAGGAAGAGAAAGAGAAACCCGUAGGACCGCCUCCACCCCGCCGUCCUGCUUUUGCAACUAUUGGAAAAUCAUUCCUCCUGCGUGCGGACUUCUUUGAGAUCGCUUUUCGUGAUCGUAACAAGUGCUUCUUUGCUUACUCUGCGAAACUCAAUCCUGAUCCAACUUCCAAAUGGCGGACGAAGGCAGUGUUUCUAGCUCUUCUUGAGGAUCCGCGCAUCAAGAAGUUUUUUGGAUCCUCAGAUAUGGCACAGGAACUGGUCACUGUCGGUAGAUUGACGACGGGAGAUACGAAAGUGAUCACGAUGCAGAUCAAACUCCCGGGUAAAACCAUACUUCCGGGCAAAACGGGUCAAGCCGAAAAGGACCCAUCUGAGACUUAUUCCAUUACCUUGACCGAAACCGCUAAGGUCUGCCUUGAAGAUAUCUUGACGAAAAUAAAGGACACAUGUCAGAGAUGGCCACUCAAAGACGAGGCCACUUACACUCGAGUUCUGAACGUUCUUCUUACCCGUCAUCAAUCUUUGGAUCAGAGCAUCGUUACAACUGGCAAGGGUCGCCAAAAGUACUUUUACAUCGACCCACGCCGCAAAGAGUAUACGGAUCUUGGAGCUGGUCUUGAGGUUAUCCGUGGAUACUUCUCCAGUGUUCGAUUUGGGGCUCAAAAGUUGCUAUUGAAUCUCAAUGUCACCCAUGGCACUUUCUUUGUAUCGCAGCCGUUCCCUGCGUAUACCGCUUUAUAUGAGAGGGAACAUGAAGCUGAUAGUUGGUCGACAUUUGAGAAGCAAAUCAAAGGUAUACGAAUCGAGGUCAGUCACCUACCCAAAGAAUUAGACAAAAACGGCAGUCAAGUGUUCCAACAACGAUCGAUUUGGGGGGUGGCACACGAAAAGGACGGGGACCCGUCGACAGGUAGAAAGCCUCCUCGAGUUAAGAAACUUGGCGCCGGCCCCAAUGACGUUUCAUUCUUUGAGGACAACCAGGGCAAUGGAACUUGGACGACCGUCUCUGAAUACUUUCGGCGAACAUACAAUGUGACAGCUCGAAGCAACUUGCCAGUGCUAAAUCUCGGGAGCAGGCAAAGACCCGUCUAUGUUCCACAAGAAUGUUGCAGAAUCCUUCCUGGUCAAGUCUUCCGUGGCGAGCUCGUUACUAGCCAGCGCCAGAAUAUGAUCACUUUCAGCUGUCGCAGGCCCCCAAACAACUAUAAGUCUAUCACGGAAACAGGCUUAGGUAUCAUGGGCAUCGCUAAUGACAACGUUCGUGAAACAAACCUUGACAUCAACAAGGAGAUGAUUACGGUUCCUGCUCGUCUUCUUGCACCUCCCAACCUCAAAUACGGCGAGUCAAAGGCGAGUGUUAGGGCUGCUUCUUGGAACCUGUCCAGAACAAAAUUUACGGCCGUGACCCGAGAUAAUAUUGUAUGGGCUAUCAUCGUUUUCAAGAGAGAGUUCAAACCCAAAGUCUCUGGAACCAAAGACUCUAAUACCCCGAAAGUUGACAAGAGCCUGGUGAAACCCACAUCCGAUUUCGUGAAAUGCUUGAGAGGCCUAGGGUUCCAACUGAAUACUCCGGUGGGCGACCCGGAAUUGGUUGAAUAUAACCACCAAAAUUACCGUCAAAAGGUCAAUGAGACACUCAGCAAGGAAACAUACCGUCGCUCAACUUUUGUCCUCAUUCUAAUGGCUGACAACGAGGAAAGGCUUUUCAAUCAUAUCAAGUUGGUUGGCGAUUGUCAAGUAGGCUGUUUGACGCAUUGCUGCAAAUAUGAUAAAUGGAAGGAUGGCAACGAGCAGUAUAUGGCCAACAAUGCCAUGAAGAUCAACUUGAAGCUUGGUGGUACUUGUCAAUCUCUUGACCCUGUUUCGUCUACAAAAAUCUUGGCAGGAAACAAGACAAUGGUCGUUGGACUUGAUGUGACUCACCCGACCGGAAUGGAGUACACAUCAUUCCCAAGCGUUGCUGCCAUCGUUGCUAGUGUGAAUGCAAGGCUUGGACAAUGGCCCGGGGAGGCUCGAAUGCAAGACGCGAAGCAAGAGAUUAUCCAGGAGGUUGGAGGUAUGUUGGAAUGGCGUCUCAAGGCAUGGCACAACAAGAACAGCGGUCAGUUACCAGAGAACAUUCUGAUUUACCGUGAUGGCGUGAGCGACGGUCAAUACGUCGAUGUCAGGAAUAAGGAACUUGACGCCAUGAAAAAGACUUGCCAUAAUAUCUAUGUGGUUAGUAAAAAGCUCCCGAUGCCAAAGUUUACAUACAUUGUAGUGACCAAGCGUCACCAUGUUCGAUUCUUUGGCGCCAAAGGCGAGGAUCUGGAUCAGAAUGGCAAUCUACAUCCUGGAACCGUCGUGGAUCGUGGUAUUACCCGCGCAUCACUCUGGCACUUCUAUCUCCAAGCGCAGCAGGCUAUUAUGGGGUCAGCCCGUCCUGCACACUAUGUUGUGAUGCAUGAUGAGAUCUUCACGAAUAACAAGGCAAACCCUGAGGGAAAACCGGCCGAUAAGGUUCAAGAGCUGACCCAUAACAUCUGUUAUAUGAUGGGCCGCUGCACUCGAGCCGUUUCAUAUGGUACCCCGGCUUUUCUGGCUGAUAAGCUCUGUGAACGUGCCCGUCGCUACGUUAAAGCCUGGUACACUAUGAAAGAUGCCGAGUUAGGCGGGCCACCGCGUGAUAAAGAGGAACUUAAAACCUUUCGCCCCACGAGAGCGGAAAUGCAACUUCAUAACAGAUUCCAUGAAACUAUGGCCUACAUUUGA